AUGUUAUCUUCAUCGAUAAAGUCGGCGGUCUUACCUGUCUUGCGAACGUUUGUUCGUUUCAAAUCAAAGGCUGAUGUAAGUCCUUCCACUCAAAGAGUUAUUGGUCAAAUGUCUGCAUUAUCUGCCUCCAAGAAACAACCCAAAGUUAUCAGAUUAUCUAACGAAGACUUGAUCAAACACAAGUCUAUUGUCAAUGCAUGGAACUUGUACAGGCGAAGAAAGGUAUCACGCCAACGUGAUCAACUCAACAAGCAAUAUCAAUCCAUUGUUGAUGCUAUGGAAGACUUGAAACAAUCUGAGCCUGAAUUAUACGUAUGGGCUAACACGAAGCAAACCAACAAGAAAUUCCCAUUACAAUUAAGAGUUCCAACUGAUUAUCCUCCUUCACAACCUUGGGUUUAUAACGUAAAGAAAUAG